GUUCAGGCUAGUUCAGCCCCCCAGACUGGACAGGGUCCUGUUGCGAAGCCAGCUUGCUUGGUGGAUAUACUGGUUGGCACCCCCAACGCCUCUUCCAACCCUGGUCUUUGGAGCAGCUGCCUCCCUCCUUGGGAAAAGAACCAGCCUCGGUGGGGCUGGGGGCUGGGAAGGGCGUAGCGCUUGAGUGUGGAGCCUCGUCUUGACCAUGGAAGGCUUCAGGGUCAACCCCGAGGCCUGUUGAAGGCCGCUCAAACCACAGCAGGCAGGGCAGAGGAGAUCGGGCCUGGUGACGCAAGAGGCUCUCCUAGAUUAAGCUAGCCUUCUGGGUAGACCUCCUCUUGCUUGGGAUGAGGAAGCUUGGGAGAUGACAUCUGGAAAGAGGGCCUCUGCCCUAUGGACCCUCCGUCAGUGGGGCUGAAGCACCCAGACUGGAGAAAAAGAUAUUGGAGAAGACCUCGGGGCCUCUCUGUGGGCUUCCUAGAAGCCACCCGUGGUCCAUUGAGGGCCAGGUGGGCGUAUCGUCUUGCCCUCCACGGCUCCCUUCAUUCACGGCUGAAAGACACGCAUCGCAGCUUCAUUCCAGCGGGUCUCAGAGAACCAAAGACAGCAGGAAGAUCUGCAACCGAAUCUGGACGAGGGCUUCAGAGGGGAACCGACCAGCCCUAAGCACGGACUGAACCUUUAAACCCAGAAGGGGCAGAAAUGCAGAGGAGCUGGCAAGGGGCAAAGGGGGGCUUGAAACGUAGCCCACCCUGGGUGAGGGGGGAUUUUUUUUUUGGGGGGCUCCUGUGGGAGGGCACCGGUUGGACUUCAGCGUCUCCCCCUCAGUAGGGGCAUCCCCUUCGAGAUGGGAUUUGUUAAACCUUUCCCUCACCCGCCCCACCCUGAUUUUUGAAUCGCCUCCAUCCUUAGUAACCGCCUUCCCCAUCCAGGAGUGGAACAAACGAUCUGCAGCCGCUGAAGGGAGCCAUCAUUUUACACCACCACGAAGCAACCACUCGGGAUGUCUUUGCUGGCCUCGCAAUGAAUGGCAGGGAUGAUUUUUCAGGGUGCCUGGCAUGGACGCGGAGGCUGCUCUCCGUGCAUGGAUUAUUUUGUGUGAUUUAUGAUCUGGCCCAGCCGUGCCACGUGCUGCUUUUCAAGCUGUCCUUGCUGCAAGCCUGGCGGAUAAGAGCUUGGAAGAGAGAGGCUGCAAGGGAGCAGAGUCAGACUCUCCUGACUUAGACCAUGACGGACACGGCAGUCAGCAGCAGCCCCGGCCAGUGGGGGUAUCAGAGUGACCGGCAGAUGGCUCUUCAGAGCAGAGCUCCUGAGGGUCACUCGGCCCAUGGAAAGCAGCCGGAACGUGGGCGGAAGGGCGAAGAACUGACCGAUGAAGAGAAAGAGAUCAUCAACCGCGUCAUCGCGAGAGCCGAGAAGAUGGAGGAGAUGGAGCAAGACAGGAUCCGGCGCCUCAUGAACCGCCUGGACGACAUGCGGCGUAACAUCGCAGGGGACGGAGUGGACCGCUGCAUUUUAUGCGGAGAACAGCUGGGUCACCCGGGCUCGGCUUGCGUGGUGUGUGAAGACUGCAAAAAGAACGUUUGCACCAAAUGCGGCAUCCAGACCACCAACAACCGGCCCCACUCCGUCUGGCUGUGCAAGAUCUGCACCGAGCAGAGAGAGGUAUGGAAACGCUCCGGCGCCUGGUUCUUCAAGGGUUUGCCCAAGCAGACGCUUCCCCAGCCCAUGGCCAUUGCCAAGAAGCCCCAGCCGGCCACCAGCAGACCUGCUCCCCCAAUGCAGGAGCCAGCAGCACCGUAUUCCCACCAGCAGAUCCCCGCUGCAGCUGCUGCUUCUGCCCAACAAGGCUCGUACGGAACUGAGCCAGCAGCCCCUGCUUCCAAUCGGGGAAAUUACCCCCCACUUCACCGGAAACCUUCUGAGGCCAGGAUGGCACCAAGUGGCAGCGAACACCCCAGAGAUGCCCGGGCGAGCCAGGAUUAUCCACCUGAGAAUGAAGUCGCUCGGAGCCCAGGAGGGAUCAAGCGAGCCAACGCGGCCCCAGCUGCUGGCGCCAGAGACCCUGCUGCGCCUCCCCACCAGAGCCUCUCUGCCCAGGGGGCAGGACCAGGUGCGUCCUCCCAGGCGGAGCCCCCUGCCUCUCUUUCUGCUGCACCACCCAGAGACGAGAGCGCCGGGCCCGGGUACCCCACAGUGGGAGCAGAGAGGCCCCCACGGCAGGCGGUUCCGUACAGCCAGGCCGUGGCUCCCCCUGCGGCCACCCGGCCACCUCCCCCUGACGAUGACGACGAAGAGGAAGCCAACAGCUACGACUCGGAUGAGACAACCACCCUGGGGGCUUUGGACUUCAGCCUCUUGUACAACCAGGAAAACAGCUCCUUGCAAUGCGCCAUCAUUAAGGCCAAGGGCUUAAAGCCAAUGGAUUCCAACGGGCUGGCAGAUCCCUACGUCAAACUGCACCUGUUGCCGGGGGCCAGCAAGUCCAACAAACUCCGGACCAAGACGCUGAGAAACACUCGGAAUCCUGUGUGGAAUGAAACGCUGGUCUAUCACGGCAUCACGGAUGAGGACAUGCAGAGGAAGACCUUAAGGAUCUCUGUCUGUGAUGAAGACAAAUUCGGCCACAACGAGUUCAUCGGGGAGACGAGGGUGGCCCUCAAGAAGCUGAAAGUCAACCAGAAGAAGAACUUCAACAUCUGCCUGGAAAGAGUCGUCCCGAUGAAGCGGACAGGAACCAGCAGCUCCUCGCGAGGAAUGGCCUUGUACGAAGACGAAAUGGACCAAGGCGGAGAGGUGGAGGAACGCGGGAAGAUCCUGGUCUCCCUCAUGUACAACACCCAGAAAGGAGGCCUGGUGGUCGGCGUUGUGCGCUGCGUCCACUUAGCCGCCAUGGAUGCCAAUGGCUACUCGGACCCCUUUGUCAAAAUUUGCUUAAAACCCGACAUGGGCAAGAAAGCCAAGCAAAAGACGCAGAUUAAGAAGAAGACGCUGAACCCCGAAUUCAACGAGGAAUUUUUCUACGACAUCAAACACAGCGACCUGGCCAAGAAAUCCCUGGAUAUCUCCGUCUGGGAUUACGACAUUGGGAAGUCCAACGAUUAUAUUGGCGGCUGCCAGCUGGGCAUCACAGCGAAAGGCGAGCGCUUGAAACACUGGUACGAGUGUCUCAAAAACAAGGAUAAGAAGAUCGAACGCUGGCACGCCUUACAGAACGAGCACCACGUGUCCAGCGAUUAAGGGGGCUGUGCCCCUCUGCCCUCCUCCCCCCCAUCUUCAGCCCAUCUUUUCUUCCAACACCCCCGUGUCCCUUUUGCUCUUGGGAAAUCCCACAGCUGGGUUCUCUGCAGGGUCCCCUCCCUCCCUCCCUCCCUCCCCUGCAGGAGCCGGGCUCAAGCCCUCCCCUCUCUCGGCCCAGGUCAUCUCACUCUGCUUGGCUCUGGGCCUCUCAUGGCCUCCCACAAGGGGGGCUCCGGGGUUUUCAAGCAAUAGCCCACCAUUGAGCACCCUCAGUUCGGCUCGGCUUCUUGGCAGCUAAAUUAUCUCCCCCUGCCCCUUCCAAUGCCACCUUCAUCUCCCCCCUUUGGCUGAAGAGACUUGCACUCCCAAGUGUUCUUGAAACUCCUUCCUUCCUUCCUUCCCUCCUCUUCCUCUCCUUCCUUCCUUCCCUCCUCCCUCCCUCCUCUUCUUUUCCCUUCUUCCUUCCUUCUCUCCCUUCUCUCUCUCCCUUCCUCCCUCCCUCCCUUCUCCUUAUUUCUCUUCCUUCCCUCCCUCUCUCCUCUUCCUCUCCUUCCUUCCUUCCUUCCUUCCUCCCCCCUCUCAUCCCCUUUCUUCCUUCCCUUCUUCCCUCCCUCCCUCCCUCCCUUCUCCUCAUUUCCCUCCCUUCCCUCCCUCUCUCCUCUUCCUCUCCUUUCCCUGCUCCCCAAACCCCACAGCAAUCUUACCCCUAAUCUUGGAGAUAGAGACCCCCAGGCAGGCAGAGGUGGCGGCCGUGUUCCUCAAAGAGACUGGUGAAAAGGGGAGGGGGCCCAGAGACAGAGAGGAGGGGUCUCCCCUCAAUUCACAAACCACGUUCUCCAGGCCCUGAAUUGGGCUCCUUCCCUCCCCAACCUGGAAAGCUUCAGUUUGUGGAAAACAACCAGCGAUUUCCUUCGCUCAGUAUUCCUGUGAGUUUUGGGGCGAUACCUGGACGAUUCCUCCUUGUCUUUGUCCAAGAGAAUCUAAUCGUCCCCAUUGCUUGAGAAAGAGCCCACAACUUACACACCCACAUCUGUCCUGGAUGGCCAAACAUUCUCUGCACGGAGGCCUCUCCUCUGAAAUGCCUCAGCAUUCCUGCAUCCCAUCCUUUGACCUUCACCCCCCAAGCAGUUGAAGAGAUUUGCUGGCUGAGAACAAAAUCAGUGGCAACCAGCAGCCUUGCUUCCCCCCCCCCCCCCAGACAUCACCCAAGCCUCAGAAAGCUGGUGGCCGGUUGACGAGAGCUUCCCAUCAGGCCAGAAAUGAGGGUCCGGUUAGCGCACGUGGGACACAGCUCUUCAAAUUUAUCGAGGCCGCAAAUAUUUUUAGACGCAUCUUCAAAUCUCUUUUCUUCUCUCUCGGGUUGGACUUGACGUGGCUUUGCCUUGGAUCCCUUGCCGAAUUUCAGAGAGCGGAGAGGAUUCUGCGAAGAAGCAUCUAAUCGUAAGAAGCGGGCAACGUCCGUCUCUCGGUCUCAAAAGACGGAAUGAUUCUGCUUCACAGCCUUCCUUGAAGGGAGAUGCUGGAUCAGGAUGGACAGAAUGGAGAAAAGGGGGGGAAAUGGCUACUCUCCUCCCCUGCCCUGUCCCCCCCACUGAGAACCCCCCCCCCAAAGCCACUCGGUUUUCUCAAAAUCUUUUUUCAAUACUGUUUUGUACCUACAGUAUGAAAGUACCCGUUGGCAGAGAACUAGAGCCCCACCUCUCCUCCUUUCCGAUUGAUUUGAAGACCCCUCCCUCCUUUCCCCUCCCCCAAUGAUGGGUGAACAUUUGCAGUGAAGGUGUCCUUCCUGCCUUCUCUCUUUGUAAUUAAAGCAUGCUCUUAGAAACACCCCCCCCCAAAGGCCCCCUCCCACCCACCCACCCGGCCUUCUUUUCGCUCUUCACAGUUGCAUUCGGUUCAGCAUGCAAUGACUUCACCGAGACAAACCAACGUUGGCAACUUAUCUCGCGGGCAAACGGUGUCACCAACAAUAGAGGGGUCUGCCCAAUUUUCCACUGCAUGCUCUUGUAACCCUCCUGCCAGACCCCCCUCCCUGCCAAGCCGCCCUUCUCAACGCCCGACGUAAUAAAGAGAACCGUAGGAGAA